AUGCCAGUAGCAGCCAGAGAGCACAGUUUAGAUUGGUUUCAGACUAUUUUUCUGAGAGCUAAUGCUGGCGAUGAGAAUGAUUCCUUUUACAGGUUUAGAGCCAAACGGAAUGAGGAGAAGCACUGGAAAUGGCAAUCACAGCGCACAGUAUCUAAUUUAAACUCCAACCUCAACCUGCCUGUGCCUAAGCUGCCUGUGCGCUGGCGAUGGCACUCAUCGACGAGCCAUAGCCAUAGCCCAGCUCCUACAGGCUCGGGCACACAGGCUGUUGAUAUGUGGCUCCAAGAAACCUGCCGUGCGUUGGGGGGCUUUCACAAACUCAUUCACAAAGGCACGAACUCACCUGUAUAUGUGCCCAUCGCACAGACCAAUGCAAACAUUACAGACAGGCACAGGCAGAGUGCAGACACUGAAUGCGAGUCUUCAACCCCUAUAGUGAUUGAUGACACCGUCGCCACCGUAACAGCGGGUUUCCUCCUAAGCAUUUCAUACCCAACCAUACCAUACAUAAGCAUUCAUCACUCCAUCCGAGCGCAUGAGCCUCCAUACCAUUCCACACCAUUCCCUAAUGCUAUUCCAUGUACACUACCACCAGAACCAUACCAUACCAUCUCAUGUCAUAUCUACCAGUGCCACACACACUACAAAAUCCGCAUUACGGCCCUACGCAUGUCGAGACAAAGUCCGCAAUGCCAUCCAUAA